UUGGGAUAUUCACAAUGUACAGAAACAGAGGUUAUCGAGUCUUUGGGAAUUAUUAUUUAUAAAGCACUAGACUAUGGCUUGAAGGAGAAUGAAGAAAGGGAAUUAAGCCCUCCCCUAGAGCAGCUCAUCGAUCACAUGGCCAACACCGUAGAAGCUGAUGGUAGCAACGAUGAGGGCUAUGAGGCUGCAGAGGAAGGCCUGGAAGAUGAAGAAGAUGAAAAGAGAAAAAUCUCAGCUAUCCGGUCAUAUAGAGAUGUUAUGAAGUUAUGUGCUGCUCAUCUGCCAACUGAAUCAGAAGCACCAAAUCAUUAUCAGGCAGUAUGUCGCGCACUAUUUGCAGAAACAAUGGAGCUCCAUACAUUUCUGACCAAAAUUAAGAGUGCUAAGGAGAAUCUUAAGAAGAUUCAAGAAAUGGAAAAGAGUGAUGAUUCUAGCACAGACCUGGAUGAGCUGAAAACUGCUGACUGGGCGCGAUUCUGGGUACAGGUGAUGAGGGAUUUGCGGAAUGGGGUAAAGCUUAAGAAGGUCCAGGAGCGACAGUACAACCCUUUGCCCAUUGAAUAUCAGCUCACCCCUUAUGAGAUGCUAAUGGAUGACAUUCGGUGCAGAAGAUACACUUUGCGAAAAGUGAUGGUGAAUGGUGAUAUUCCCCCUCGGUUAAAAAAGAGUGCUCAUGAAAUCAUCCUUGACUUCAUCAGAUCAAGACCUCCUUUAAAUCCAGCCUCCGCCAGAAAACUGAAGCCAACCCCACCACGGCCACGGAGCCUCCAUGAAAGAAUAUUAGAAGAAAUUAAAGCAGAAAGAAAAUUGCGACCUGUCUCACCAGAGGAGAUUAGACGUAGCAAACUAGCAAUCCGGCCACUUAGCAUGUCUCACAGUUUUGACUUGUCAGAUGUAACUACCCCUGAAUCUCCAAAGAAGCUUGGGGAAUCAUCCAUGGUGAAUGGAGGGUUAACAUCACAAGCAAAUGAAAACAGGCUAAACACUGCGCAGCCAGCACCUGUGCAGCGAAAGAAGCUCCUCAAAGCCCCCACUCUGGCUGAACUGGACAGCUCUGAGUCCGAGGAAGACACUCUGCACAAGUCCACCAGCAGCAGCAGCGUGUCUCCUUCCUUCCUUGAAGAUCCAGUUCUGGAGGCCACAUCCACAAGGAAGAAGCCUCCGAAAUUCUUGCCCAUAUCAUCGACACCCCAGCCAGAGAGACGUCAGCCACCCCAGAGAAGACAUUCCAUUGAAAAGGAAACGCCUACUAACGUGAGGCAGUUCCUGCCACCGUCCAGGCAAAGUUCUCGCUCUCUUGAGGAAUUCUGCUACCCAGUGGAAUGCCUCGCUCUUACUGUGGAAGAAGUGAUGCAUAUUCGUCAGGUCCUGGUGAAAGCAGAGCUGGAAAAAUACCAACAGUAUAAAGAUGUCUACACCGCCUUGAAAAAAGGAAAGCUCUGCUUUUGUUGCCGAACCAGGAGGUUUUCCUUCUUCACCUGGUCUUAUACCUGUCAGUUCUGUAAGAGGCCGGUGUGCUCACAGUGUUGCAAAAAGAUGCGGCUGCCCUCCAAGCCAUACUCCACUCUUCCUAUCUUUUCAUUGGGACCUUCUGCCUUGCAAAGAGGGGAAAGUUGUGUGAGGUCAGAAAAACCCUCCACUAGCCACCAUCGGCCACUUCGGAGCAUUGCCAGGUUCUCCACAAAAUCUAAGUCUGUGGACAAAUCAGAUGAAGAACUCCAGUUUCCCAAAGAGUUAAUGGAGGACUGGAGCGCCAUGGAGGUGUGUGUGGACUGCAAAAAGUUCAUUUCGGAAAUCAUCAGCUCAAGUCGGCGCAGCCUGGUGUUGGCCAACAAAAGAGCCCGAUUAAAAAGGAAAACACAGUCUUUCUAUAUGUCCUCACCAGGCCCCUCGGAAUAUUGCCCUUCAGAGAGGACUAUCAAUGAAAUCUGAGCCUCGUGCCUUUCAGUUGCUUUUGUGUUCAGAGUGGGCAUCAGUGCAUGAGAACACUGAACCGAAUUGUCUCUCCUUUCCGUGGUUUUAUUUAAUAGGCUUGAAUUUGCAUUAGAUCAGAUUUUUGCUGCAUCGCAUUGUUCCACAGACUGCAGGCUGUGUUCAGAUCGAUUGAGGAUAUGUGACAGGUCAGCCCGUCGCUCGUUUGCACUGAGAGGACAGCAGUGUGAAACUUGCUUUUGUGUGUGUAGCUUUGUACGCCAGAAGCUUUUUCCUUAGUUCAGUUCUUUACUGUUCCUCAAAUAAUUGCCUGGCUGAGGCAAAAAGCUUCUCCUGUGAGAAAUCAGUCUAACAGAGGGGUUGAUGUCAGCAUAGUCCUAAGCAGUAAGUCAUAUUGGCAUUUCCAUGUGACAGUGUUUCUGUCCCAUGUACGUAGUGACCCCGAGCCCUAUACACCAGGACCUGGGGGCGCACAGCACAAAAACCUGGAAGGAUCUGCUUAUACUAUCCAGCCGAUUUUUAAAUUAUUAUUGCUCUGAGAUAGAAAUUAUAUAAGGGACUUUAUGCCUGUAUUCUAGUGCUGUACACCCACAUGGGUGACUAUUUCCUCUGAGCUGCCGUGUUUGUCCCGGUGUCUCCUGAGUGGGUGACAGGUUUUCAUCUCCUAUCUUGAAUGUAUUAUGGUCACUAAUAGUUUUAUAAUGGAGGUCUAAGAAUUAAAAUUUUGUGGGAGUUUCAGGACAAAAGAAAGCUAAAAACCUGUCAGGAAGCUGUGUGUAUUUUGGUUAACUUUAAGAAGGGUUGGUUAACUUUAACAGGGUACCAGCUAUUGACCACGCUACGGGAAAUGAGCUGGAACUCAUGCAUUUUCAACUACAUUUUUCAUAACUUUUUAGUGCAGCCAUCAUGAGCAAAUUAAGCCACAAUUUGGUACCUAAGGUCUCAAACUGAAAUGUAUUUUUAUAAGUGAAUUUUAAAAGAAAAAAUAUCUAGCUCUUUUAAAAUUAGAAGAAAAUUAACCUGCUGACAGGCAAAAUUUUUGCAUGCCUUUUGCACUAAUUUUCCUUGUAAAUGACUUGAGUUGAGUAGAGUUUCUGAUGGGGGUAGAUCGGAGGGUAGCAUUGUAUGCCUGAAAUGCCUCAGCUUGUUUGGCUCAUACCAUGGAUAUACUUUAAUUUGGGCAUGCUUACAAAUGACGAACCAAUCACAUGCCAUUGAUGUUUGGAAAAUCGGUUAAUGCACAUGCACGGUAAUUUCCUGAAAGCCAUAGGACACAUCUGUAGUUAGCACCACAGCAGCACCAUUUCGUGAAAGGCCUGGCAGUCACAUUUCAUGCCACUUCCAAAUACAUUAGUAUUUCUAUACUAAAUGAACAGUAAUACCUCAAAACUGCUCUGGUAGUCAUUUUUAAUGGAUUGAAAUAUACAGCUUAGUAAAUGGCUUAAAAUUACUUAUGAAAUAAACUUUACCACUUGACUAAAAUAAUGCA